AUGUCUCCGAAAAAGGCGUUCAAUCCAAAGAGAGCCUGUGAUAUAUGUUAUGCCAAGAAGGUACGUCGCCGUCUCCAGUAUUUCCGCGCGAUUGACCUCUUUACUGACUAUGCUAUCCCCAUCCAGACUCUGUGCUUGUUACCUACACCAGAAGGCCCCUGCGAGAGAUGUGUUUACCGUAGCCUUGAGUGUACAUUUGAACGAGAGAAGCCAUCGAAGAAGCGGCGGAUUAGGUAUGUGAUGCCACCCAAUCUUUUCCGGGUUGAAAGCGUAUAUAUUCUCACCUUUUUAACAUUCGACUCUAGAUCUGCCUCUAGCAAUGCAUCAAGCGAUUCGCAGGCAUUAUCUCAACGAGUCAGACAGCUUGAGAAUGCUCUGGCUAUCACCCAAGUCGAGUCGAGACCGGAGUUGUCAGGUUGCCAUAUUGCCAGCCCCAAAGAGCCCAGAAAACCCGCUUCAUUGGCAGCUAGCUCCUUACCAAGUGGCCGGAGUGGAAUAGUCCUUUCAGCAAGGUCCCCAUACUCAUGUCUAUCUUCGAGUAUAGCGAUCAAUACCUGCAAUUCGGUCGCUGCGGAUGAUAGUGCCGGGGUCGAUGUGUCCGCUUACCAAUUCGGACCAAACUGGUUUUUCAAUGGUAUACCGAUCUUCUCCGAAGAAGGAAUUAAGUGGCUUUCGACAAGAACAGACCAAAAUGUCAAUUGGGCGGAAUUUUUGAUUCCCAUGACUGACCCAAGCCCGCUUUCGCUUAUUGAGUCACCUGGAGAAAUAUGCCAUUUGCCAGACCAAGAUGAAACCCGCCGAACAUUGAAUGGCUUAUUUGAGUCACCAUUCAGACUGACAUUCCCAGUCAUAGACGAAUCUUUAUUCGAAUCAACUAUGCAAAUUGCUUACGACCCUGUGGAUAAAAAUAUGGCAUCUGCCACACAGCUCGCUGCCAGGGCGUGCAUUUUGGCUGCUCUCUCUAUCACAGCUUCUUCAAUUGAGUCCCAUCAGAGAACCCAAAAUAUAGAUGCAGAAAUGUGUGCUGCAAAGGCCCAAAUCAUCCUGGUAAAUCUAGCAGAGACCACCAACUUAGACACCCUCCAGGCAAUAAUUUUACUAGUAAGUAGAAUCCACUGCUCUUUGUUCUCGACCUUGUCCGCUCACGCUAUGCUCAAGCAACUGCAAAAAAUGUUCAAGGGCCGCUGGAAAGGAGCUGAUUUCUUCAAUUCAAUUUCGUGUCGCAUUAUCUGCUCUUUAAGGGGUCAUAUCUACACGUUGCCAAAAUCAGAUUGUGAAAUGACUCGCUCUGAACGCGAAAAAACCCAUAUUCGAACAUUGUUCUGGUUAUGUUAUAUGCUCGACAAGGACAUUUCACUUCGCACUGGAAGUCCACCACUCCUCACCGAGACCUAUUGCGAUCUUACUGCGCCAAUUUGUACACAUUAUUCUACCUACUUUCCGACGUCAGAUGUAUCUCCUGAGCCCACUAGUCCAGCCUCCGGACUUCUCGUUUUUAAUUUCCCGGGCGAUACUCGUCUUGGUAACAUGAAGGAGAAGGUGUGCCGUCAAUUAUUUUCUGCCCCAGCUUUGAAGUAUAAUGAUGAUCAACUUCUUCUUAAUAUAAGGCAGCUGGACGAUGAGAUCGAAUGCUGGCGAAUAUCGCUUCCAAGCGAUGUCCGCCCUGCACUUUUUGUCUCACAUAAUUCUUUACCGCAUUCAGCUGAAGGUGACAUACCAUUCAUUGUUCGACGAAUGUCUCUGCAGCUGGAAUAUCAUCACCUUAUGACUAUUAUUCACACGACAGUCAGAAGAUGCACGCCCAGUGAUGCAAAUGAGUCCGAAGACCUUCAUGCCGUUGUCCAUUCGAGCUUCGAUUUAUCGCUCGAGGCGAGUCGGUCAACCAUUUUGUGCCUGAGAUUCCUGCUCAGCAUAAUUGCAGAACGAUCCUUUCCGUAA